CAAGACGAAAUUUGGAUGUCUUAUAUUCGACAACAACUCAAUACGCUUUUCCCAGACUUCUUUCCCUCGUCCGAGUCUGAGAAUUCUGACGAUAUCCAACCUAACUCCAAUCCUUACUAUCCUCAUUUUCCCUCCUUAGCGAUGAGACAAUACCAACCUAUCAAUUCUGAUCAAUACGACAUGCCCACACCUCCAUUGACUGCCAGUAGACGUAUGAUCCCCGAAGAUGGAGAUAUGGCCGAUGCAAGUUUUUCUUCGGCAGAUACGAAUAUAUCCAAUUUCCCUCACCCUCUUCACGGAGAUGAAAUAACUAUCAAUUCGAACGAAAUGGGAUUGAGGGUGAGAGUACCGAAUGUGAGGAAUGAAAUUGCCGAUAUGAAAGAUGAGAUUUCACGAUUAAGAACUGUCGUCGGUGGAAUAGCGGAGGAAUUGAAAAUUGGUCAAAAUGUUACUCGUAGUGGUGAUACCUUAUCCUCAGAAGUAGGGCCUGAAGGAGUCAUUUGGACGGAUAAAAUGGAUGUGAAAUCUAAGGAGGAAAUUUCUUUGGAAAUGCCGGAAAGAACGGGAAAGCAGAUACCAAGUGCUUUACUUGAGGUAAGUUGAACUUUCAUCAUAGUGGUGGGCUGGCGGGAAGUUGACCUCAGAACGCUGAGAAAGUGAUGAAUAUCAUUCGAUUACUCGAUACCCACACACGAAGUUC